CGGCGCUGCUCUCUGUCUCUUUCUUGUCUGUUGUACUCACUCGCUCCUUGUACGAUAUGUCGAACGUGCAGAAGAAACCUUUGCCUUUCAUCUAUAACUUCACAGCGGGAGCCAUUGCUGGUAUCUCGGAGAUUCUAACUUUUUAUCCACUCGAUGUUCAGGUCAAAACGCGAAUGCAACUGGAGACGGGAAAGAGCAAGCAUGGGUUGAUCGGGAGUUUUAGGACUAUUAUCGCUGAGGAAGGUUUCGGAAGGCUGUAUCGAGGGCUGGUCCCCCCUCUGAUGCUCGAAGCACCCAAGCGUGCUACGAAGUUCGCAGCCAAUGACUUCUGGGGCAAGACCUUCCUGAACUUUUCCGGGAAGGGCAAGAUGGACCAGCAACUUUCCAUCUUGACCGGAUGCGCGGCCGGUGCGACCGAAAGUUUCGUCGUGGUGCCGUUCGAGCUGGUGAAAAUCAAGCUGCAGGACAAAGCCAGCAAAUUCGCUGGACCGUGGGACUGUUUAAAGUCGAUCGUUGCGAAGAAUGGUGUCCUGGGGCUCUACUCGGGCAUGGAAGCAACGUUCUGGAGGCAUCUGUGGUGGAACGGAGGAUAUUUUGGCUCCAUCUUCCAAGUGCGAGCAUUGUUGCCGCCUGCUGAGUCACCCCAAGGGCAGCUAUUGAAUAACUUCAUUUCUGGGACAGUUGGUGGAUGCAUUGGUACUAUGCUGAAUACUCCGUUCGAUGUCGUUAAAUCACGUAUACAAGGAGCAGAGCGCCUACCAGGCGUCACUCCCAAGUACAAUUGGACUUACCCCGCACUGAUAACGAUCUUCCGUGAGGAAGGCCCAGCAGCGCUGUACAAGGGCUUUGUGCCGAAGGUCCUGCGGUUGGCACCCGGGGGAGGAGUGCUCUUGCUGGUAGUAGAGUUCACGCUCGGGUUGUUCAGGAAAGCUCUUGGGCCUCCAUAUAUCUAGCGUGUGAUAGAAAUAGAACACAUAUACACAGCUCUGUAUUUGGUGCCACUUGACGAGGCAGUGUUAGGUGGGCACUAUUUACUGUAGGAACGAAGUGCGUACAUAGCCUCUGUUUAUUUGCUGUCCGCUUAGCUUCCCAGCUUGCGGUAAGCGUAACGCUACACCUGAUAUUCAUCCAUGUGCUGUGGCGCGAACGCAGCAUGAUAUCCCGA